UCUGCCUCUCCCGGGGAGCCUCUGGCCGGCUGUCUGCGUACGUGGGAGCCCGGGAGGAGCAGCGCGCAGCGCGGGAGGCGGGUAUGGAAGGCUGAGCGGAGCUACCUCUGCAAGCAGCAAUAAUGUGGCUGUCUCCCGAGGAGGUGCUGCUAAAGAACGCGCUGAAGCUGUGGGUCUUGGAGCGCUCCAACCGGUACUUCGUCCUGCAGAGGAGGAGAGGCUGUGGGGAGGAAGGCGGAGGUGGGCUCACCGGCAUCCUGGUGGGGACCCUGGAUGCAGUUUUGGACUCUACAUCAAGAGUUGCCCCUUUUCGCAUCCUGCACCAGACACCAGAUUCUCAAGUCUACUGGUCUAUUGCAUGUGGAGCCAGCAGAGAAGAAAUAACAGCGCACUGGGACUGGCUAGAGCAGAAUGUGAUGGCGACUCUCUCUGUGUUCGAUUCCAGUGAAGACAUCACCAGCUUUGUGCAUGGGAAGAUCAGAGGUUUGAUUGCCGAAGAAGGAAAAGGGUCCUUAAUAAAAGAGGAGGAUCCCGAGAAGUUCCGUGAGGCUCACCUGAAGUUCGGGAAGUGUUUUGGGCUACCCGAACAAGAGAAAUUGGUGACGUACUACUCAUGCAGCUACUGGAGAGGCCGGGUGCCCUGCCAAGGAUGGCUGUAUCUGAGCACCAACUUUCUGAGCUUUUACUCCUUCCUACUGGGAGCUGAAAUAAAACUUGUCAUAUCCUGGGAUGAAAUCUCAGUGCUCGAAAAGUCGUCCAACGUCAUCCUGACAGAGAGCAUCCACGUCUGCUCCCAGGGGGAGGAUCACUAUUUUUCCAUGUUCCUGCACAUCAGUGAAACGUUCCUUCUCAUGGAACAGCUGGCCCUGUAUGCUGUUCAAAGACUCUUUGACAAGGAGACGUUUGAUAAUGACCCCGUCCUCCGUGAUCCCCUGCAAAUCACUAAGAGAGGGCUUGAAAGCAGAGCCCACAGUGAGCAGUUUAAUGCCUUCUUCAGGCUGCCGAAGGAGGAGUGCCUGCGGGAAGUGCACGAGUGUUUCUUAUGGGUGCCUUUCAGCCACUACAAUACUCUGGGGAAAAUGUGCAUCUCGGAGAACUACGUCUGCUUUGCCAGCCAGGAUGGUUGCAUGUGCUGCAUAAUCAUCCCUCUGAGAGAGGUUGUAGCAGUCGAGGUGUCUGAUCCUGGUAGCAAAGCUGUCAGCAUCGCUACCAGAGGGAAGAGAGCCUUCCGUUUCUCCGAAGUGCGGGAUUUUGAACAACUGGUGGAAACACUGAAGAAGAAAUGUGAUGCCGCUGCAAGCCAACAGCAUAGCAUGAACACAGAGGUUGCUGCUGGCUCAACUGCUGAACCUCUCGCGGACUAUUUUGAGGGGCAGCCAAUGGCAAGCCACAAAGACAACAGCAAGACGGUUAGUACCGAAGCCCUCAUGACCGUCUUUCAUCCUCAGGAUGCAGAGAAUCUGGACGCUAAAAUGUUGAAAGAAAAAAUGAAGGAGCAGUCCUGGAACAUCCUUUUCGUAGAAUGUGGGCGUGGUGUAAGUAUGUUUCGGACGAGGAAGACUAGGGACCUGAUCGUCAAAGGGAUACCCGAGGUGUUACGAGGAGACCUUUGGCUUCUUUUCUCAGGUGCUGCAAAUGACAUGGCUACGCACCCUGGCUAUUACACCGACAUGGUGGAGAGGUCCUUGGGCACGUGUACUUUGGCAACGGAUGAAAUCGAACGUGAUCUGCGCCGCUCCUUGCCCGAGCAUCCAGCUUUCCAGAGCGACACAGGCAUUUCUGCCCUGAGGAGGGUUCUCACGGCGUACGCCUACAGGAACCCUAAGAUAGGAUAUUGCCAGGCAAUGAACAUUCUGACAUCAGUGCUGCUCCUUUACGCCAAGGAGGAAGAAGCUUUCUGGCUCCUGGUUGCUGUGUGCGAAAGGAUGCUGCCCGAUUAUUUCAACCGCCGAAUCAUUGGUGCCUUGGUAGACCAAGCGGUGUUUGAGGAGCUGAUCAGGAACUAUCUGCCACAGCUGACGGAGCACAUGACCGACAUGACGUUCUUCUCCUCUGUCUCCCUGUCCUGGUUCCUCACUCUGUUCAUCAGCGUGCUGCCCAUCGAGAGUGCGGUCAAUGUGGUUGACUGCUUCUUCUAUGACGGGAUCAAGGCCGUUCUGCAGCUGGGCCUGGCUGUGCUAGAUUAUAACAUGGACAGGCUGCUGACUUGUAAGGAUGAUGCAGAAGCUGUGACUGUCCUCAACAGGUUUUUUGACAGUGUUACCAACAAGGACAGCCCUCUGCCUCCAGCCGUGCAGCAGGCCUCGGGUGCAAAUGAAGGCAAGAGCUCUCACCCCAAAGUGGACAUCACGGACUUGAUUCGAGAGUCCAACGAGAAAUAUGGAGACAUCCGGUUUGAGGAAGUAGAAAGCAUGCGGCGCCGUAACAGGCUGUAUGUCAUUCAGACCCUGGAGGUCACUACGAAGCACAAUGUGCUGCGUGUUAUCUCCCAGGAUGUGAAAAUAAGUCCUAGCAACCUGGAAGAGCUGUAUGAAUUAUUCAAGAAGGAGCAUUUUCUCUCUUGCUACUGGAGCAUGGACAGCCCGGCCCUGAAGCACCAUGACCCCAGCCUCCCCUACCUGGACCAGUAUCGCAUUGACUGCCAGCAGUUCCGUGUCCUCUACCACCUCCUGAGCCCCUGGGCGCAUUGUGCAAACAGGGACUCCCUCGCUCUGUGGACAUUCCGGUUGCUGGAUGAGAACCUAGAUGGGCUUAUAAACUUCAAAGAAUUUGCCUCUGCUCUGGAUGUCAUGUAUCAUGGGAGCUUUACCCAAAAGCUGAAGCUGCUUUUCAAAUUGCACAUACCUCCAGCUUUCACCGAAGUGGAAUCCCUAAGCCCUUCCAAAGGGACUCGGCUAUCUAAAGAAGAGUUGAUCCACUUUAGCCAAUUAAAUGUUUCUUCUCCUGAGGACCGUGAAGGUGCUGAUGCUUUAAACAAAAGCCCAGAAAAAGGUAAAGGAAAGGUUGACAUCCAGGCCUAUUUGAAGCAGUGGCAGGAUGAAUUGCUAAAAAAAGAAGAAAGCAUUAAGGAUUUGCCCCGCAUGGACCAGUCCCAGUUCAUCCAGUUCUCAAAGACUUUGUAUAACUUGUUUCACGGGGACCCAGAAGAGGAGCUGCUCUAUCGCGCCAUUGCCACCGUCACCAGCCUCUUGCUGAAGAUGGAGGAGGUUGGCCGAAGACUCCAGAGCCCCACUUUGCCAGCCAAGAGCAUGGUCCCUUCCACCUCCAACUUGGGCACAGAAGAUGCCCGGAAGCCCCCAGAGGCUCAGCCUACCCCACAGAUUGAAAGAGGUGGACCUCAGAGCCCACACAGACCUGAUGAAUGGUCGUUUGCCUUUGAGCAGCUGCUGGCGUCUUUACUAAAUGAACCUGCUUUGGUGAGAUUUUUCGAGAAGCCAGUAGAUGUCGCAGCCAAGUUGGAAAACGCUAGAGUUUCUCAGUUGAAAGCGAAGGCCAGAGUAUAGCACCUGCCUGAUGCUCCGCACAGAGGCACUUGGAAGCACGGAGGGCCAUUUGUGAGCUCAGCAUCUGGAGUUUGUCAGGAGUUUGGGGGGGGGGGUUGAAGAUUCAGCUCGAUUCCCCUCUAUGCCAUAGGCAGGGUUGUUUGUGUUUUUGCAAAGUUAAAAUAAGCAUAGCUUGAAGGACAAUUUGCACCUAAUUUUUGCAUUUUUAGUACACUCGGGAGACUUAAACCACAUCAGCCAACACAAGCCAACUUGGAAGGGAAUAGCAAGCUGGUCUUUCAGGGGCAAAGUUGGGGGUGGUUCAUGGUUGUUGCUUUCCCAAACCACAGUUUCGUGUUAAUAGUUCUCACGCUGAAUGUAAUGUCUGCCACUUUUUGCUGCAGAGUGGUGUUGGCCUUUACCUAUUCUGUUGUAACCGUUGGUUGGAUUUCCAAAGAAUUGCUUCUUAAACUCUGAAUGUAGAAUUUGUUUCCUGCUUUGGGAGAGAUAUUUUUUGAUGCUCAGUUGAGUGCGGCUGUUUAAAAGGGGGGUAAAGCUGUGUUGUUUCUGUGAAUGGAACCAAGUGCUGCUUUUGAUCAUUACAGUGGUACCUCUGGAUGCGAACAGGAUCCGUUUCGGAGCCCCGUUCGCAUCCAGAGCAGUAUGGAACCUGAAGCGCCGAAUCACACGUGGGGUGGGGGUUACUGUCCUCUCUCUCCACUCACCAAAUGUUGUAUCUCAUGACCAAGAAUUGGGUGAUUUGCAUCCACAUCAGGGUGCUGGGCUGUAUGGAGGGGUUUAAAUGUCUCUGCCCACCCCGGCUAACAUGUCUGUAGUGUAUAUUUCUUUUAGCUGCCACUGCCCACUGUCUUGGAGGGGGGAGGGGGACUUUGCUUGGGUCAGAGGUUGCAUCAAGUCCCUGGGGCUGCAGCCUUGCUUUAGAUUAUCUGCUUCCUUUUUGAGGUAGAAAUAAGGCCAGCAUAAAGCAGUUUUUUAAUACAGAUUGCAUGAUACUUGAAGGAUCAUUGUGAAGUUAAGGUGAACACUGUUGUGGAGAACUGUUCCCUGCUGGUGCCGUGUAUAUCUACAUAGGCUUUUAGGACUAAGCCAGUUUCUAGUACCUGUUUAACUGAAACACACAUGUGCGCAUACACACAAAUGGGGCUAAUGGUCUCUUUCUUCACUUGUCUCUCUUUUGUUGACAUUACUGAUUUCAUAAUGGUUAUAGGAAGCACUAAAAUUUCAACAUGCCCCUUCCUCCCAAAUAAUCUCCAGUGUCCCUGCAGGGUUUUCCUCAGCCAGUGGAACUAUCUAGAAGAAAUGCCAGUUCAAUUCAGAACUAUGUUCAUAGUGCAGUUUGAGUGAUGAGAAAGCUUGGCGAAUCCAGAACUCUCCAUGGCUCAGGUGGACCAAUUUCUUUUGAUUUUCAUGGCAUGUCAUCCAAUAGAUCUAUUUACAAAUUGUAAGGAAAUUAAUAUAUAUAUAAAAGCAUUGGAAAUGUGCAGACUUCUUAUCUAACCAAACAGCCCCUGGUGAUAUGUGCAAAGUAGAUAUUUGCUAGCAAUGGGUAUAAUUGCUCAAGACAAGGAAGAAUGAGCUUUCCAGCUCUGAAGAAAAAAGCUUUAACAACUGGCAAGGCAGAGGAGGAGAAUUCAGUCCACUUAGUCUUAGCCUCUUUGGACCUUUCUAUCUGCAUCUCAGACAAGGCUUAAUCUUAAUUAUGAGUAUUUUGAAACAGGUCCAAAGUUUUCCGCCAGAAGGACCUUCUGUCUAAAUUCUAUGCAAAUAAACCAGCACUGUGGAAGGCAUAUGUUGUAUUUUAAAAGGGACUGAUUUCUGUUUGUCUCUGUUGCCCAGGGAGGUGGGCCUUUAGAUCACAACCCACACACCUUGCUAAUGAAUGCAGCUUGGGUAUUGGGAGCAGAUGAUUCUUUACAAACUUGUUUUCCAUGCUUAUGUGUCUUUCCCCCUUAUCUCUUUCCCAUUCUUUAAGAAUGGAAUCUUGAGUUCUCAUCCACAGGGGUGAGAACAAAACAGAAAUAUCCAUUUUCUUAAUAUUAUUCUGGAUUUAUUUAUCCAAACAGUUGCUCAGUUAAAUAUGGGCAAUAUGUUAAACCAUGCAGCCUGAUUCCUCCCCCCAUCCCUUUCAAAAUACUCCAUUUUUAAGUUCCAACAGGAAACGCUUAUUUACCCAAAUCCAGUUAUUUUCUUCUUGGCUGCCUGAAAUGAAAUGUGUUCCAGGAAGUAACCGAAGUCCUGACCUGGGAAUUAAACAGGACCUCACAGCUGUUAUUUAGCAAGGCAGCAUUAUACCUAUGCACAUCUAUUGCAGCUUUAUGUAUGCAAGCUGGGAAGUGACAUUUUUGAAUGCUUCUCUUUGUGAAAGACUCCUUAUUAAUGUGAAGCUUAGCAGGAAAAAUAAUAAUAAAAAAAGCUUCACUCUGAUGCAUUCGUUUUCUACUUGCAGGUUUUCCUUUUUUCUAAAAACAAAGAAAAGUGGGAGAACUUGCAGAAAUGAUAUCACCCUGUUGCCAUCUUAAGUGAGGAAGUCUAUUCUACUGCCGUAGUCUGUUUCAUGCACCUAGCCUUGGAGAGGAUGUUUCUAACAUAGGGACUCCAGUCCCUUUACUCUGGUGAAAAAAACAAGUAUUUUGGCUUUGUGUUGGAUGGGAUUGGUAGUCUCUCCUUCACCACAUAAAAAGAAGUUUAUUAAGACAGAACUUUAAAGCAAUCUCUAGGGCUCUGGGUGGGCAAGUUGGGAUCAACACAUUCCAUGAAAAGCAUUUUUCUUUUCUUUUAAACCUGCUCUAGGGAUCAAAGUCUACUAUCCAUUUCUUAGAUGGUGGGAUGCCACUGGGUCUGGGUUUCAUGUUUGUGCCAUGCUGCUGCUGUUGUUUUUCCAGUGGUACCUGCUUCAAUCCAAAUAUCUGAAUGAUGACGAUGCUUUCUUGCUGAGAGUCGCCCCUGCAGUUACCAGAGCAUGCAUGCAUUUUCUCCUUCUCUAUCACACACAGGUGCUCUAGGCAUUCUUUGCAGCUGAAUAUAGAACAUUUGUAGCUGAGGGGCAGUAGAACAGAGCAAUGAAGCUUUAGAUCCAUGGUGGCUAAGUUGCAAAAUAAUGAGAUCAUUUGGCACAUAACACUAGGGAUGAUGGGAUGCAUAGAGGGUUAGAUUAUCAGCUGCCAUAGGUAGGUAGCAGGUAACUAAGCAAAGACCUGUCAAAGUGAAGACUUCUCACACUAUUGCAAACUCCAGCAAAAGUGGUUUUUUUGGGGGGGGGGCAGGAUUCUACCUGUUGCGCAGGUAGAAAAGCCUGGUGGGCAGAGAGCCUUUUUAGUAAGAUCUGAUUGCACAGGGACUUCACUAAAGGGUGGGGGUUAGUAUCAGGUGACUUUACUGUAGGUCCCCUGAUCAGAAAUAAAUUUUCACUUAACAACUGCAGUGAUUGUUCUUUGCUGUAGCGUGUAGCCAUACUGUUGCCUCACAAGUUGCAACUUUUAUAAUACAGUUUGCCAAAGAUGCAGCUGUAAUUUCUUAGGGAGAACAACAAAUAAAAAAUAUAUAUUUAUCUGCCUUCUUCAAAGUUCCUCAUCUUAAUGCUUGUCUAACAAACAACUUAUGGAGAGAAAUAUUGAAAUGAGCUUACAAAACGUGUGUAAUUGUCUUUAAGAAUAAAUUUCGAAAUAAGAUGAAUAUGGUAUGUUUUUCUGGAAGAACUGGAUUGUUUUAUCCUUUUUGCUACCAAGGAAAUAAAAGAUGUUUAUGUGCUGGUGUUUUGUAUUUUGAUAACCAUGUUCUAUACACAGCAAAUUCACUGUAUCUUUAAUGAGAGGAGAUGAAUAAACGAUCACUUCAUGGAA